AGCGAGGGGAGAAGAGCUAGGCAGCGAAAAGCUCAUCGUCAUCGGGACGAAAGCAACAAGAUGGAUGAGGAGUACGACGUGAUUGUGCUGGGAACGGGGCUCAAGGAAUGCAUCAUCAGCGGCCUCCUCUCCGUCGACGGCCUCAAGGUUCUCCACAUGGAUAGGAACGACUACUAUGGAGGAGAAUCUUCAUCCCUGAAUCUGAUCAAGCUCUGGAAGAGAUUCAAAGGCAAUGACACCCCUCCCGAGCAUCUGGGUAUCAGCAAAGAAUACAAUGUUGACAUGAUACCCAAGUUCAUGAUGGCAAAUGGUGCCCUGGUUCGUGUCCUGAUCCACACGAGCGUGACAAAGUAUCUGAACUUCAAGGCCGUUGACGGCAGCUUCGUGUACAACAAUGGAAAGAUCCACAAAGUCCCCGCAACAGAUGUUGAGGCCUUGAAGUCAAACCUGAUGGGUCUCUUCGAGAAGCGCCGUGCGAGGAAGUUCUUCAUUUACGUCCAGGAUUAUGAGGAGGAGGACCCAAAGUCGCACGAGGGCCUGGAUUUGACCAAGGUUACCACAAGAGAAGUCAUCUCCAAAUAUGGAUUGGAGGAUGAUACAGUUGACUUUAUUGGGCAUGCAUUAGCACUUCAUCGGGAUGAUAGCUAUCUAGAUGAGCCUGCAAUCGACACUGUCAAGCGAAUGAAGCUUUAUGCAGAAUCGCUGGCUCGCUUCCAAGGUGGGUCCCCAUACAUCUACCCUCUAUAUGGUUUAGGAGAACUCCCUCAGGCCUUUGCUCGUCUGAGCGCUGUUUAUGGUGGCACCUACAUGCUGAACAAGCCGGAAUGCAAGGUUGAGUUUGAUGAGAGCGGUAAAGCAUAUGGUGUGACUUCUGAAGGAGAGACUGCGAAAUGCAAGAAGGUCGUCUGUGAUCCCUCGUACUUGCCUGAAAAGGUGAAGAAGGUUGGAAGGGUGGCACGUGCAAUAUGCAUCAUGAAGCACCCGAUCCCCGACACCAAGGAUUCACACUCUGUGCAGAUCAUCCUCCCAAAGAAACAGCUUAAGCGCAAAUCAGACAUGUACGUGUUUUGUUGCUCUUACGCUCACAAUGUUGCACCAAAAGGCAAGUUCAUCGCUUUCGUGUCGACUGAAGCUGAGACUGACAAGCCCGAGAUCGAGCUAAAACCCGGGAUCGAUCUGCUCGGCCCUGUGGAGGAGACAUUCUUCGACAUCUAUGACAGAUACGAACCCAUCAACAAUCCUGAGGAGGACUGUUGCUUCUUGACAAAUAGCUACGAUGCUAGCACUCAUUUUGAGACAACGGUGAAGGAUGUCCUCUCCCUGUAUAACAAGAUCACUGGAAAGGAGCUUGAUCUUUCAGUGGAUUUGAACGCCGCGAGUGCUGCUGAGCAAGAAGCUGCUUGAACAUCCUCUACUUCUGCAGCUCUGCUAUAGCCACUUCCUCCAUUUUUCUCAAAUUAUUUUUGUAGAUGGAUAUGUUUCAUGAGAUCCAUUUUUGUAAUUAUUUGGGGUUUCCAUUUGUCACUUGUAUUGAACCACAGUGCCAUGGAUUUAUACAUAUAUCAUUAUUCUCUUGUGA